GUUAAAUUUUAUCGCCAACAAAAUGAUUACCAUUAUUUACUUGAGAAAAACAACUGUGCGAUGGCACAGCGCCGUUUCCAAGACACCAACACAGUGCCGCAGGAAAUGCGAUCAAGAGUCGAGGGUGGAGCUCACAAGAGUCCAAAGUCAAAGUAAUGGUGGGAACUGGAGGCGGUGCCCUUCUUCUCUACAGGAUGGUCGUCUGAGUCACGUGGGGUUUCGGUAUAUUAUUGAAUGAACCCAGAUCUUCUCUCUUCCUGCUGUCUCUCUGUAUCUUCUUCUUUCUCUGUGCCUCUCCACCAACAACUGAGGAAGAGGAGGAUUCUACUCAACACCAUGUUGCUGCUAUUUUGAUGGGUCAUUGAGGAUUUUUACGUUUCAGCUUAUUCUCCUGUUUCCGGGCAUGGAGUUGAGGAAGGAGAAGCUUGUUAGGUUUUAUUCUGAUCACAAAAAGCAUAAGAAAUCUGCUAUUGGAAAUAACAAUGAAGCAAUGAAACUUGAGAAGUCAUCAUCCAAAUACUAUAUUUCGUCAUCAAAAUUCCUAAUACCUGAUAACGGAUUAGGGGGAAGCAAAAAUAAAUUUGCUGAAACUUUUAAAACUGAGAAGUCCAAGGUGUUCCCUGAGGACCAUGAACCAUGGAGCAGAAGAAUACUUGACCCUGGUAGCAAUAUUGUCUUGAAAUGGAACCGGGUGUUCAUUUGCUCAUGCUUAUUGGCACUCUUUGUCGACCCACUGUAUCUUUUCUUGCCUGCUUUGAAUGGGAAUGGGCCAUCAUCAUGUGUAAGGACAGACUGGAAAUUGCGAAUAGUUGUGACCUGUUUCCGGACUAUUGCAGAUAUUUUCUAUCUUCUGCACAUGAUUAUAAAGUUCAGGACAGCUUAUGUUGCUCCUAGCUCUCGAGUUUUCGGGAGAGGUGAGCUUGUGAUGGAUCCAAAGAUGAUAGCAAAGAGGUAUAUUAGGUCGGACUUUUUCGUUGAUCUAAUUGCCACCCUGCCUCUCCCUCAGAUUGUCAUCUGGUUCAUCAUACCAGCAACAAGAAGUCGUCUAACUGAUCAUAAGAACAAUGCUCUAGCACUUAUUGUUCUGCUUCAAUAUAUUCCGAGAUUGUAUUUGAUUUUCCCACUAAGUUCAGAAAUCAUCAAAGCAAAUGGAGUUGUUACAAAAACGGCUUGGGCAGGAGCUGCUUAUAAUCUUCUACUCUAUAUGUUGGCUAGCCAUGUUCUAGGUGCUGCAUGGUACUUGCUGUCAGUUGACAGAUAUACGUCAUGCUGGAAAUCAUUUUGUAGGAAGAAGGAAUACAAUCCACUAGAAUGCAACCUAAUUUUUUUUGAUUGUGAUACAUUUAACCAUAAUGACCGCGAUACAUGGGCAAAUAGUACACUUGUUUUUGACAAAUGUGGCCCUGAUGGAGUUUUCAAGUAUGGCAUUUUUGGGAAUGCAAUGUCAAAGAAUGUUGUCUCUUCAAGCUUUAUUGAAAAGUACUUCUAUUGUUUGUGGUGGGGCUUGCAAAACCUGAGUUCAUAUGGACAGAAUUUGGAGACAACCACUUUUAUCGGUGAGACACUUUUUGCUGUGCUCAUUGCCAUCUUAGGCCUUGUAUUAUUUGCCCAUCUGAUUGGGAAUAUGCAGACGUAUCUGCAAUCCCUCACGGUAAGGCUUGAGGAAUGGAGACUAAAGCGAAGAGACACAGAAGAGUGGAUGAGACACCGCCAACUCCCUGAAGACUUGAAACGACGUGUUCGACGUUUUGUACAAUAUAAGUGGGUAGCAACUCGAGGAGUUGAUGAAGAAGCCAUCUUGCAGAGCUUGCCUGCUGAUCUUCGACGUGAUAUUCAAUGCCACCUAUGUCUAGAUCUUGUCCGACGAGUCCCUUUCUUUGCACAGAUGGAUGAUCAGCUGCUUGAUGCAAUAUGUGAACGCCUCGUGUCCUCCUUGAGCACUGAAGGUACUUAUAUUGUCCGUGAGGGCGACCCUGUAACAGAGAUGCUGUUCAUUAUCCGAGGCAGAUUGGAGAGUUCUACUACAAAUGGAGGUCGCUCUGGUUUCUUCAACUCCAUAACAUUGCGUCCUGGAGACUUUUGUGGGGAAGAACUACUUUCUUGGGCCUUGCUCCCAAAAUCCACCACCAACUUGCCUUCUUCAACUAGAACAGUCAAAGCACUCAAUGAAGUCGAAGCUUUUGCACUCCGUGCUGAAGAUCUUAAAUUUGUGGCCAACCAGUUCAGACGGCUUCACAGUAAAAAAUUGCAGCACACAUUCCGCUUUUACUCCCACCAUUGGAGAACAUGGGCAGCUUGCUUCAUUCAGGCUGCUUGGCGUCGUCAUAAGAAAAGGAUGUUGGCAAAAGAUCUCUUAAUGAAGGAAUCAUUUACAUUCUCUGAUAAUGUGGCUGAAGAAACUAGCCAAGGAGGAGGGGAACAAUUCUCUAUUGUUUCAAAUCCUUCUCAGACAAAAAUGUAUCUGGAUGUAACCUUACUGGCGUCAAGGUUUGCUGCAAACACAAGGAGGGGCGUUCAGAGAAUGAAAGAUGACUUGCCAAAGUUACAGAAGCCGGCCGAACCUGACUUUUCCAUCGAGCCUGAUAGAUAACAAUAUCCAGUAGUGUCGGAUAGCUAUAUUUCCCUCUGAGAAGGAUGAAAUCCAUUUCAGAUGAGCAUCCUUCUUUAUGUCAUCUGGUAUUUCAGACCUUACAGCGGCCUGCCCAUUUCCUCCAUGAUGUAUAGUUUAUGGAUCACCUGCUCUAAUCCAAUGCUUUUAAGAGUUGGUGAUGCAAUUUGUGUCGCAAACUGUGUAUUAAUGUUGCAACCAGUAACCUGGUCAUUAAAAUAUGCUAAACUCUUAAAGACAGUAUCUGAGUUCGUUGGAUGGUUAAACGAGCUGCUGCAACGGUAGCUGCAGGCUACAGCCAGAAAGUGCUAACGGAGCCAUGCAGGGAUGGGACUGCUGCUGCGCUAGAAAGCUUUAUAUUUUUAACAUACUUUACAUACUUUUUGAUCUUUUUUAGUUGGAAUUUUCUGACUUAUCAAUCAUCCUUAGUUAUGGCAGGACUGCCUUAGAUUGAAGAUGUUGAAAAAUUUAUCCAAUCAGUCACUCUCAUGACUUCAAACUGGUCUCAGCAAAUUUAUCUACGAACAGUAAUGGCAAUUUAAAAGUUUGUUAUUUGAAUCAAA